AGAUAAAAUAUCGCCGUGUUUACGACGCCACGUCCCCGCACACCGGUGGAGGGACCAUCGGGUCCCUCGAUCGAUGUGUCGAUUGACUUCACUCGUCCGGAUGGCCAACGAACGAGACCGCUUAUGGUGGAGAAUAAACGAUUAUACGUCGACGAGCACUACAUAUCUGUGUGGUCUCCUGUGCUCAGAGCAUGGUGCGUCGAGUGUCCAGACCGCGAAUUGAUCCUGGCAAAUGUGCAGUACGAUCACGUAGUGGAGAUGCUAGAGUGUAUUCACCCCACGUAUAAAUCAGUGGAUGAUCAAUCGGUGCACAUCUUACUGCCUCUUGCAUACGAUUAUCAGAUGGAUGGGCUGCUUCAUCGCUGUGAAUGCUUUCUCAUCAAUCACAAUUUGCCCUUCUUAGAAAAAGUUUGGAUAGCAGAUAGGUAUAAAUUGAAUAGGCUAUUGAUAUUAUGUCUCCGUGAGAUGAGGCCGAAUUGUAAAGUGGACUUGACUGGAUCCCGAUAUUAUGCGCUCAGCGAUCGGGUGAAGGUAUUACUUCUGGAGCGGCUGCACGGUGCUCCAGCUCCUGAGGAAAUUGCCGAACCGCCCUUAGAUAUGGAGAUGUUCCAAAGACAGACUGAUUUAUUUUUUACGGGCGUACGUGCCAAGGCUGGAAGGAUUUAUUAUGUGAACCCGUAUUAUAUGGCUGCAUGGUCCAAUGUAUUUCAGGAACGGAUAUACUGCUCUUCGUCUGCGAUGGAAGAAGUUUUUUGCCCGUGUUCUCAUGAAGAACUAAAAGCCUUUCUCAUGGCCGUCCAUCCACCACAGCUCCGGCUCAACGAGCAAAACAUCGGUCCUGUGCUAAUGGCUGCUUGUAAAAUGGAAUCACCAGCUUUGCUGAAAAAAUGCGCCUUGAUGCUGCUCGCACAGCAGACGCAGCUCUCAGUUUUUGUUCGCUUAUCUUUGCUGGAUCGCUGUUUUCUUCACGAGAUGGUGCCUCAGUGUCUUCUCAUGGUUCAUCGGCCCGAACAGCUCAUUCAGAUGACCCAACAAAGUACAUAUGACUGCCUUUCAACACGUGCACGUGCCGCAAUGCUCGAUCGGUUAGCUGUGCUUCUUGAAAAUCCUGGAUUGCAACCACAUCACUGCGCGAGAUGUAAAGCAACGUCUACUUGCACAUCUGUGACAUGGAUGUGCCCACAAUGCAAAACAUACUCCACAGAUCCGAAUCUGCUGAGACACCCAACCCAAUCUCAGCCCAACCGUUGAAUACUGCGGGUCUAAACUUUAAAAUUUGCUAGCACAUAAGUAGUGAUUUCGCAGUUCUUACAUCCUAUUCGGUCACUGUGCUUACUCUUCAUUCAUACAGGAAAGUGAGGACCCACUGCAGGAAAUUUCUCUUUUUUACUCUUUAGCAUAUUCUUAUCGAGUUUGACUGCCCUUGUGUGAAGCGUCCCAUCAGUCUCUUCACAUCUUUUUGAUCUCAUUGUCAGUGUCCGACUAGAAAACAUUAUCUCGGCUCAAUCACUGCUUACAUGCGAUAGUGUGCAAUAUGCUCGCAAGUCUCAAAUUUGCCC